CACUGGUCGACCCACUUCUGGCAGGACAGACUGUUCUGCCGCCUCUAUCUGAAGUUUGGGGGAAUCUGAAAUUCUCUUCCCAACAAACUAGUUUGUUUGUCAUAGCAAUCGUCCAGCACAUUCGGGUGAACAUGUGGAGAUGGAUCUUAUGAAGUUAUUUGGCACUGUUAUCGCCGUGUUGUUCCACCCUGGAUCCGCUUCUAAAAUAAAUGGCCAAAGGAUCUGUCGGCGUGGGACAGAGCGCCCAUGCUACAAGGUGUCCUACAUCCAGGACAGCAGGCGGAGGCUGACCUUUGAGGAGGCCAGGCAGGCCUGUAGGUUGGAUGGAGGCGAGCUGCUCAGCAUUGAAACAGAAAGCGAGCAGCGACUUAUAGAAAGGUUCAUAAAGCAGCUACAGGCUGGAGAUGGAGACUUCUGGAUUGGGCUCCGUCGAGGCCCACAGCGCUACAGGGCAGGGACCACAAGCCCAGGUUGCCCCUCGCAGUAUUAUUGGCUAGAUGGAAGCAAGGCUAAGUUCAGGAACUGGCAUUGGGAUGAGCCAUCAUGUGGUGGUGAAAUGUGUGUGGUUUUGUACCACCAACCCUCUAUACCACCUGAUGAAGGUCAUUUCCUGUUCCAGUGGAAUGACGACAACUGCAACUCCAAGAACAACUUUGUCUGCAAAUACCCAGAAAAAAAAGUACCCGUUUUUACAGAAGAAGGGAAGACAGCACAUGCAGUUCCAUCUCUGAGGCCAAACCUAUUCACAACUACAGGAAGUGAUGAAAGGAUAAAAAUAGAACUACCUGAGUCAUCAGUAUCUUUCUCAGACACCCUGCAUGUUUCCUACAUCCUUUAUGCAAUUAUUCCUGCUCUACUGCUGUUGCUGUUUGCAGCUGGUGGGUUCCUCUGCUACAGACAGCAUGCUAAGAGGAGAAAGCCAGAAACAGAGCUCUCUCCCAGCGGAUCAAAACAGUGGAUGUCAACAGCAGCUUCACCUUGCCCCAUACAAGGACCUUACGCCUUCAGCGACAUCACCAAACUGUCUCACACUGCUCUGGAUAGCAGCAUGUCAGAAGGCAUCAUGACAAAGUGCUCUAGGGCUCCUUUCCAGACUUCCCAGUGUGACGAUUAUGAGAAUGUGUCAUGCACGGACAAGGCGAGCGUCUUUGUGACCAACGACAUUUAUGAGACCUGCAGAGCUCAAAGCCAGCAGUGCCACAGUCAGACUGGUUGGGUGGAAAAUGAGAUCUAUGGAUAACGCUGUUGAUGUCUCUCUGGUGUUUGUCCCUCCAACCUAUACGGUAUAUGGUUGCUUGUUCCUUCCAUCUCAUAUGACCCAUGGGAGCAUCUCCUGAAAUAGUGCUCCUACACUGGCAAGCGGAACUGUUAGAACUCCUGUGUGCAAGUCCUUUACAAGUUAAUGAGUGUGACCCAGCUAGACAGAGGCAAAGCAAGGGAAGGCCAGUUCAUUUAUAUAGCACAUUUUUGUACACAAAGGCAAUUCAAAGUGCUUAACAUAAUGCACACAAAUAGAUAAAACAUUAAACACAAAUUAAAAGCAACAGUUACACGACAGCACAAAGUAUCAACAUGCAGCUGUUGAGACCUAGUACUUUUCGAAUAGCUGUGGCAGACUGUGGAUUCUUUCUGUUCUCAGUAUACUUUGUACCCCUUUUCAUUAGUCUUCCCAAGAUUAACCUUUGAGUAAAUUGCACCGGAGGCGGGGGUACUUUCUUCCGAAAAAUUUCACAGUCUGCUAAACAGUCCUAUAACUUGUACGACAGCUGUGGCAGACUGCGGAUUCUCUCUGUUCUCAAUAUACCUUGUACCCUUUUUCCUGAGUCUUCUCAAGACUAACCUCUGAGUACUUUUAAUGCAAGAGAUGGGUGUACUUUCUUAUUUAACAGGUACCUUUAGAUUCCCUAGCAGCCUGUGAUCUGUCCUAUUUACUCGUCAGUCAUACACCUGUAGUCCUACUAUAGUGAAGAAUCUUUCUGUUUCUUCUCCACUCAUAGUGCUUUUUUUAUUCAUUGAGUUGCCUCUGAUUCCCUAGCAAUCCCAGACUUGCCCUAGUAAUUCGUCAGAGAAACAUGAAGUUCUCCAUCUCCCUCUUACUGUACACCUUACUGAUUACAUUUGUAGCACAGGAUUACUAAACAUGUCAUUGUUGGGCCUAGUUUUCAGUUAUUUGAAGAUAGAGCUAUCUAUUAUGUGUAUCUCCAGUGCUAAGUCCUGAACAUCCAGCAUCUAAAGUCAGAAAAAAAAGUUGGAUUAUGCUUCCAGUAGAGUUUCCAAAAGUGUUUUAUAGUAUGGUUCCAUUAUUUAGGCCCCGAACUUUCCAAAUCCACGGCAAUAUAGUUCUCAAAUUGCUGAUCAGAUCUGAGCAUGACAUACUGUACCUUUGGAUUCAAGAGUAGAUGGGUUAUACAAAUCAAUGAAUAUAUAGUUAAUACAUGUUAUUAUUAUACAACACAAAAGUCUACAGCUAUGCUAGUGGUGCUGUGAGGCAGCACUGAGGCACAGUGGUGCUUGAGCUACAUGCAUCAGCAUGAUAACAUGCUCAGGUUUUACAGGUAUAAUGAUUACCAUGUUCACCAUCUUCAUCAGUAUGCUAACAUUAGCUAAUUAAGGCUAAACAGGAAAUACAGCUGAGGCUGAUGGGAAGGUUUUGUAGAUAUUUCAUAUUAAAUAGGUAAGAAGCCAGGGGAUCAUUAGAGUCAUAACAAAAACAAAAAACAACAACAAAUAACAAAAAAAUUCUAAUAUAUCUCAAGUUUAUUUAAUAUAUUUUAUUAUUAAAAAUCCUUCAAUAUCAAUCAGUUACAAAUCUCAUGAGAUUUAAAGCAUGACAGUUAUGUCAGAACUAUAAGAAAAUAAAUUUUUAUUACAUUUGUCUUGAAUCCUGUUUUUUCCUUUGUCUAGCUUUAACCAUAACAUCUGACAAACUACGUAACGUCAAAGCAGGUUUUGGUUUCAAAAAGGCAUUUUGUUGGUGCAGUAGUGAUGCUGCGUUUAUUGUGGUGAAUUUCAUAAGUGCAAAUGUUAAGGACUCAGGCAUGGUUACUCAUCUUGUAAACAGUCUAAAAUUAAACUACUCAGUCGUUUUCCAAUAACCUCACCGGAAAUUGUGAGACACAAGAACAGAAUUAUUCCAUUGGCUCUCUACUGCUGUGGCGUUGUCCUCUAGAGGAACGAUUGCGACCUUUUUCUUUAAAGCUGAUGAGUGGUGUCAAGCCCUGUGUAAGGCUUCCUCUUCGGACAGUACAUGUGGAAACAGUGAUGACAGAGCUCUGCCGACUCCAGUAAACCUCAAAGCUGUGGGCUUUCCCAGUUCCACCUGACUGUGUGAGAAACUCAGCCCUCUCACUAAUCUAACAGUACAAUAAGCAAUUCUGAAUAUGUCAUGGAUUUACUUGUCAGUGUGUUCCUGUAAAACCAUAUGUUUGUCUUGUAAAUGUGUAAAAUUAUCCUAGCUGUACAUUACUGAAUACAAAUGUUGUUUCUAAAUAUGUAGUGAGUGAGCUGCUGGGUCUGUGUCCUGGAAAGAUGUAGCAAGAGUAAGGAGAAGCUGAGUGUGUUCUUGGAGAAUGUUAGACAGGAAAUGCCAAAAGCACAUCUGGAACUCUUACAUUCAGGAAGUCUAUGCGUGACAGCGUAGGCCUUCAGAGCACUGCUCGACCUGCCCACUUAGCAAUCCUCUGCUCUCUGUUAGACUGCAUGGGCUUAUAGAACCACCACUGGGUGUGAGCAUGUGAUACAUCUCAAACAUGACAACAUUUCUGGGUACUAAAUAAAGUUACAAGAUACUGUGGUUGCAUUCCUUAUUUAAUAAUAAUAUAGUAUAUUCUUUUAUUACUAGAAGUGUGCAGGGGAGUGUCUUUGAAACAUUUGAUGUAUAUAGCCUAUGCAAAAUGCUUGUUUCUAAUAGUCCUAACUGAGACCAGCUUUUAAAUGGAAAUUGUAAACAUUAGAUGCCAAGACUCGGGAGUAGGAAGGGUUAAUUGGGUGAAGAGUAAGGUUGUGGAUAUUUUAAGCAUCACAAAACACAACUGGAUCAGAGGGAAAGAAAGUGGAAGAGUUGUAGGAUUAACCCAUACACUACAGCAGAGUGCAUAAUUGCACACUCUCUGCAUUAUAUUAUGUUCCUGUUGUAUAUUUAUUAGCUUCCUUCACCUGCUGCUUUAAAGUGCCUUAGAUUUGUGUUACUGCCUAUUUAGGUUUGUGUUGUUGCUCAUCUAGUUUAUAUUUAACUUGUUUUAUGUGGCAUUCAUGUGGACGGCAAAGUAAGAAUUUCAUUGUACAGGGAAACACGUUUCG